AUGGAAGAUGAAAUUUUAAAGGCUUUAACUAAUAGAGAAUUAAAAAAGACAAUAUUAGAUAAAGCUAAAAAUAUUAUAUCUCAAAGGAAAAGAGAUAUAACUGAAAAAAAAAAAAACACCGUUGCAAAUGAAGAGAAUAUAAUAACACCACUUGCUUUAUGUGAUAAAGAAGAAAAUGUAGGAAAUACAAACGUUGCGUUUUUUAAUCUACAAGAUUUUUGCCUUAAAUAUUCAAAUACGUGCAAAAUAAAUGAUUUGAACUAUGAAAAUAUUGAAUACGAAUUAAUUAUAUCUUUUAUAAGCACCUUUAACAACGAACUGAAAUAUCAAUUAAAAUCACAUAAUAUGAAUAAGAAAGAGCAUAAAGAAGUAGAUGACAUGAUCCAUAAUAUGGUCAAAAUAUUUAUGGAUAAGCUUAUUUAUUAUUGUACAAAUCCUAUAAUUUUUUUAAUGCAAAGAAAUGAUAGUAAUAGCUUAUUUGAUAAAGAAAUAAAAAACCAUAUUAAUAUAUUUAUCAAACAAGUAGAACAACAUAGUGAUACAAAUAUUUUAAUUAAAAAUUGUAUGAAUGAAUUAUUAGGAAAAAUUUUCUAUUUUAUACCAGACCCUAAUGAUAUGGCUAGCUGGGUUUCCAGGCAAGCUCUUGUCGAUCUGCUAAAAAUUAUAAUCGACGAGAAUGAAAAUAGGAAUGAACUAUGUAUUAUAUAUGCUUCCGAUUUAAUAGAAAAAAAUUACGAGAACUUGGAUUUCUUCCAAGUUGAUAAUGUUACUGUUUUAAUUGAAAUAAUUCAAUAUGCCAUCAUUUUUUUAGUAGAAAAGAAAUAUGAAGUGAAAAGUUUUCCCCUUGGAAAUGAAGAAUGGUUUGAGCAUUUUAAAAGACUACUGAUAUCAUUAAAGAAUUGCAAGUGGAAAAUUUUUUUAAACCAGCUAAUUGUUAUGGAAACUUUUCUUUAUGACAAAAAAAGAGAACAUCUGAAAAAAUCGUUUAACGAAUUAUAUAAACAUCAAAUAGAGCUUUCCUCGAUUAAAGGAAAUGCAUAUUCAAAAUGGUUUAAAAUUGAAAUGCCCUUAUCAGUAAGUUUAUUCAAAUAA